AUGACGAAGUGGAAAGAUGGUACCGCACGGGGUGAAAAGUGCUGCACUUCUCUUUUCACUGUCAAAGGACUUAUCAAGUUUACUAUUUCAAUGGAACUGGUAGCGGCUAGCAGCGAAGUUCCACUCCAGCUAGGGAUGGAGAACCUAGAGAAUCAAUGUGUGGGAAUUUCCCGGUACGUGAGCUUGAUAAAGCACUGUGCGCAAUCCAAAUCCCUAGCAGAAGGCAAGUGCAUCCAUCAACAAGUGAGAACAUUGGAUCUUGAGGGAAACUUGUCCAUUGGCAGCAGUCUUUUGAAAAUGUAUCUUCAGUGUGGGAGUUUGGAUGGUGCUCGAGUAGCAUUUACCAGGAUGGAUCUAACUGAACCAGAGAGCUGGAAUGCGGCAAUCGCAGCUUUUGCCCAAGAGGGGCAUUACUCAGAAGCUAUGAAAGUCUUUGAGAGAAUGAAGGAGCUGGGAUCUGUGGCUCCAAACAGCAUCACCAUCGUUACUGUUCUCAAUGUUCUCAAGCUUCUUCCUCUGGAUUUUAAGUCGCUGGCCAUUGCCCGGGAGAUCCACACGACAAUCCUUGCGAAAAAGAAGGAGAUGGAUGCUUGUGUGGCGACUUCGCUCAUGAGCUUGUACGGGAGAUUUGGCUGUUUGCCGGAGGCCGAGUCAAUCUUCCAGAGUUUGGGUUUUAAAGAUCGUGUCUCUUGGAGCGUGAUGAUCUCAGCAUAUGCUCAUAAUGGUCGCAAGGAUUUGGCGCUGGGAUUCUUCCGAGAGAUGCAGUUUGAGGGGAUGAAGCCAAACCAGAUUGUUUUCGUGAAUGUUCUCAAUGCUUUGGGUUCUCCAGGGGAUCUUCUAGAUGGCGAGAGGAUUCACUCGUUGGUGAUUCAAGCGGGAAUGCAAAACAAGGUGAUCCUUGCCACAGCGCUGAUCACCAUGUAUGGAAGAUGUGGAUCUCCAGCAGCAUCAAUCCGUGUGUUCAGAAGAACAAAUCCCAAAGACUUGAUCUUGUGGAACUCCAUGAUCGGGGCCUAUGCUCACAACGGGGAGUUUGAGAAAUCCAUGAGAAUCUUCCACCAGCUUCUCAAAGCUGCUCCAAACCGGGUCACCUUUCUCACACUCCUGGGAGGACUUGGCACGUCCAACGAAAACGCCCGCCAUGCAAAGGUGGUGGAGCGCGAGAUUACGUCCCGCGGGCUGGGUACGGACGCCGUGGUGGCAACCGCGCUGGUGAGCGCGUACGGCAAGUGUGGCCACGCCGGUGAGGCGCGCAGAAUAUUCGACGGCAUCGAGCCCAGGAAUGUGGUCUCCUGGAACUCCAUGAUCUCGGCCUACGCCCACAGCCAUCGGCAUGAGCUCGCGCUAGAUCUCUACCAUCGGAUGCUCCACGAGGGCGUGAAUCCAACGGUGGUCACGUUCGUGGCGGCGCUGGGCGCUUGCUCGGAGCUUGCCGACGUGGCGGAGGGCGGGAAGAUUAUCUCCUGCGUGACCGAUUCCGGGUUCGAGCUCGACCACGUCCUCGGUACGGCUGUGGUGGACAUGUACGGCAAGUGUGGAAACUUACGUCGAGCUCGCGAGAUCUUCGAUGGGAUGAAGAAGAAAGACGUGGUUGUGUGGAGCGCUCUCGCGGCCGCUUACUCCCACCACGGGACCGAUCGAUCGCAGCUCCACACUGCUCUCAAAGUCUUCCACUGGAUGCAGCAAGAGGGCGUUCGUCCUGGCAGCGUAGCGUUUCUCGGAGUUCUCUCGGCGUGUAGAAACGCCGGGCUUGUGGAUCAAGGCUGCGCGUACUUCUCGUCGAUCACUUCCGACCAUGGACUGGAAGUUACCAGCGAGCAGCUUGGGUGUGUGGUGGAUCUUCUGGGACGAGCUGGAUGGCUGGCGGAGGCGGAGGCGUUGGCGGCGAGGAUGGCUGGGGGAGGAGAUAGCUGCGCUUGGAUGAUGCUGCUGGGAGCGUGCAGGGAUGGCCGGGAUGUGGAGAGAGCGAAACGGGCAGCCGAGAGAGAGCGUGAGAAGAAUGAUGGAGGAGAGGGGGAUUCAUAUUAG